GUACAAAUUUACCGCGAUUGAGCGGAAAUAUUUUUGUUUUUUUCUGUGUUUAUUUGUUUGUGAUAUUUAUAAAUAUUCAACAGGAUAAUUCAGUUAUUAUCAUGCCCAGACGUAAGAGAAAGAUAACUGAAACUGCAUCAGAAGAGAGUGAUGUAUCUGCUGUGGCUGCAGAAAGUGAAGAUGAGAAGAUUAUUCGUGUAACUCGUCGUUCACAUCUUACAGUGCAAUCUCCAACUCGCUCACCACCUAAGAGAAGACAUGAGCCAGUAUCACAUUCAGAUUCAGACACUGAUCACUCGACAAAAGAAGUUCCUGAGAAACAAACAAAAAAGGAACGGGUAACGCCAAAGAAAAGAGCCAAUACACGGGCGUCUGAUCGAGAGAAUUUAGUCCAAGCAGCUAGUAAUAAUAUCAUUACAACAAAUACUCAAAAUGAUGAUGAUAAUAUAGAUCAUCUUGACUGGGCAUUAAAUGAGAAACGAUCUAUUCCUCAAACUAAUUAUGAUGAAUCUUCAGCUCGAUGUCCUCUACCAGGAUGUGAUUCUAAAGGUCAUUUAAGUGGACGCCAUGAUCGUCAUCGAACUCUGACAUCCUGUCCUCUAUACCAUAAUACAACAGCUGAUGAAUGUCGGAAGAAAUUUGAUGAUCGUCAAAAUAAAAUGGAAGAAAGGAAAAAGAUUGUAGCUGUUUUAAAUGAAAGAAGAGAUAUGAGACGUCCAGUACUGAAUGAUGAACAGAAGAGUAGAUUAGAUCGGGUUAACUCAAUCAGACGUAGACAACCAGAACUAACAGAAGAUGUUAAAGAAAAGCACAUAAAACAUCGUCAAAAACAUGGAACAACUAAAGAACCACUGAUGAAUGGAUUAGCUUCAGAUUAUGAUUUAGAGUUAUUUAGAGAAGCGCAGGCUAAAGCUAGUGAGAGACUUGAACAUGAAAUGACACAGCAUUAUCAAAAAUCAGAUCUGCAGGAGUAUAGAAUUAAAAAAUUAGAGAUCGGUCGCUGGGAGGUAGAAACCUGGUAUUCUUCCCCAUAUCCAGAUGAGUAUGCUCGUCUUACAAAGAUUUAUCUGUGUGAAUUUUGUUUGAAAUAUAUGAGAACGGCAACUAUUCUCAGACGACACAUGGCAAAGUGUGUAUGGCGACAUCCUCCUGGUGAUGAAAUAUACAGAAAAAAUAAUAUAUCUGUGUUUGAAGUGGAUGGAAAGAAAAAUAAGGUUUACUGUCAAAAUCUGUGUCUGUUAGCCAAGUUAUUUUUAGAUCAUAAAACUUUAUAUUUUGAUGUAGAACCAUUUUUGUUUUAUGUUAUGACUGAAAAUGAAAGUAGUGGUUGUCAUAUUGUGGGUUAUUUUUCAAAGGUAUAUAUUUUUAAUUUUUAA